AUGGUGUUAACAAGGAGUCAGCAAGAGAACGCAGCCACCGAGUACCCCUACGGGAUGCCCCGAGACAGUCUUAGGCAACAAACUAACCGGAACGAGGAUGGAGCGGAAGAGUCGUAUGUGGACCGGUCCCAGCAACCUAACCCGUCGUCGGCCAUCAAACAGCUAAAGGCCGAAAUGAUGGAACUCAAAAAGCUUAGAGAAAGGGACGCUCACGAAUUUUCGGUCCUGAGAAGAGAAAACGCCGAGCUCAUGAGCGAUAAUCAAACAUGGCACCCGUCGCACGAUACACGCGGUCAGCCGACCCGGGACCAAGGUGAAUCGUCGGGAUGGUACAAGGAAGCCAACGUCCCUCGACCAUCAGUUGGACCGACAACCACACAAGACCAGCAACAAAGACAGGGAAGGACUCCAUUCACCCCGGACAUUGUCGGAGCUCGUCUACCCGAUAACUGGAAAAACUUAGCCCUGGAAAAGUACGACGGCACAACCGAUCCGGAAGAGCAUCUUGACGCCUUCGUUACCCAGGUCGGUUUUUACACUGACGAUGAAGCGAUUAUGUGUAAGGGUUUCCCUCCGUCGUUGAAAGGUUCAGCACUCAAUUGGUUCACUAGACUGCCUCCCACAUCGGUGCAUUCAUUCACGGCCCUAUCCUCACGGUUCGUGAUACAGUUUGCCACAAGUCGGCCCCAUCAGCUCACGUCAAUAGCCUUAGUUAACAUCCGCCAGGAGAAGAAGGAGCCCCUCAGAACAUUCAUGGAAAGAUUCGGCAAAAUGACCUUGUCCAUCCAAAAUCUGGACCCCGCAGUGGCCAUGCAUCACCUCACCACCGCAUUACAACCGGGUCCUUUUGUAAACAGCCUAUGCAAAAAACCGCCCGGAGACCUGGACGAACUCAGGCAACGAGCCACUAAGUACAUGCAAAUGGAGGAAUUGGCCGAGUUCCGAAGCCAGAAUCGGUCUGACCUUUUUAUGGGAAGGAAAGACGCCGAGAAAGAACACAACUCGAGGCCCCGUCCCCGAGACACAGCUGAUCGCGAGAAAAAUAACAGAGGUCCAAGAUACAUGCAAUACACGCCGCUUAAUGCAAGCAGGGCCAAGGUGUUGGAACAAGCGUUAGCCACAGAGGUACUAGUCGUCCCGCGACGAGCUAUGACCCCGCCCCGUGCCGAUAAAACUAAAACAUGCCAAUUCCAUCGAAAUAGAGGGCAUACUACUGAAGAGUGCUCUGCUCUUCGGGACCGUAUUGGAGAUCUCGUCAAGGCCGGUCAUCUUCAGAACUUCAUUCGAACAGAUAGCCGGAGGACCGACAACCGUCCCGGAAGAAGUGAGUACAGGAGGGACAACCGAAAUCGGGCACUCUCGCGACACCGGUCCCGUGAGCGCAGCAGGUCCCGAGACGCAAACGACCAGCGAGACCGUAAUCCGCCCCGACGAGUGAUAAAUACCAUUUCCGGAGGCUUUGCAGGAGGAGGAGGCUCAUCGUCAGCCUGGAAAAGACACUUGAGAGCCAUUAAAUCAGUCAACGCUGUGGGACGAACAUCCUCUGUUCAUAUGCCUCCUAUAACAUUUACAGAUCAGGAUUUCCAAGGUAUUGACCCUAUACAGGACGACCCCAUGGUCAUCAGCGUGGAAAUUAACAAUUGCAUUGUCAAAAAGACUCUAGUGGAUCAGGGGAGUUCAGCUGACAUUCUGUAUUGGAAGACUUUCGAACAGUUAGGCAUUCCAAAGCAGGAGUUAACGCCGUAUGAUGAACCGCUGGUAGGAUUUUCAGGCGAACGAGUUGACACUAGGGGGACGAUAGACUUGUAUACUUACUUCGGAGACAACCAGGGCAGGCGGAUUAAGGUACGCUAUGUCGUUGUACAAGCCAAUACCUCGUACAACAUCCUGUUGGGCAGGCCGUCUUUAAACAAGCUUCGGGCCAUUGUUUCCACCCCCCACUUGGCCAUGAAAUUCCCCACAGAAGAAGGGAAAAUAAUCACCGUACAUGCAGAUUAG